AUGAAACAAGUGAGACAACGAGCACGAUGUCGUAGGACGACUGUUGCACAACGUGAAGCUGCGAAUGAACGUGAACGAAGGAGGAUGCAACGACUGAAUAUCGCCUUCAACACGCUUCGUUUACAUAUUCCAACAUUCGUUUACGAGAAAUCACUGAGUCGUAUUGAGGUUUUGAGGCAAGAGCAAAAUUUAUCUUCUGAACUCUUAUCAUAA